GCAGCAGCAGAAGCAGGAAAUGGAGCAGGAGCUUAAGCGUGGAGUGAGAAUAUCAUCUCUGAUUUACAGCACAGAACUGUAAUGAUAUUUCUGCAGAGCAGCUGGAGCAGAACCCUCAGUGCUUUAGCUGUGAUCGUCGCAGUGCUCGCAGCGAUUUUUCACUACACGGGCAGUCCAGAGACAGAGGAGUAUCCGAGGAUGGAUUUGCAAGCAAUGGAGGACAACUUCAGACAGAAGAAUAAAAGCUGUUUCAUUCUGGGUGCGUCUGGAGAGACAGGAAGAGUGCUGCUGAAGGAAAUCGUGGAGCGCAAUCUUUUCUCUAAGGUCACUCUCAUUGGGCGGCGGAAGCUGACCUUUGAGGAUAAAGCCUACGAGAAUGUGGUUCAGGAGGUGGUGGAUUUUGAGAAGCUGGAAGAUUACGCUGCAGCAUUUCAGGGCCAUGAUGUUGGGUACUGCUGUCUUGGAACAACCAAAGCCAAAGCAGGAACUGAGGGGUUCAUUCGAGUAGAUCAUGAUUAUGUUCUGAAGUCUGCGGAGCUUGCCAAAGCCGGGGACUGCGCACACUUCCACUUGGAAUCCUCUAAAGGAGCCGACAAAACCAGCAGCUUCCUCUACCUGAAAACCAAGGGUCAGGUUGAAGCAGACAUAGCAGAGCUGGGCUUUGAGCGCUACUCCAUCUACAGGCCUGCGGUUCUCCUGGUGGACAGACAGGAGAGCCGGCCGGCUGAGUGGAUGGCCCGGAAGUUUUUGGGUGCAUUUUCCUCCGUUUUUUCCACAAUGUCCAUUCCCAUCACCACUGUGGCCCAAGCCAUGGUGACCAACACGCUCACUGACGGAGUUGCAAAAAUGGAGAUCCUCGAAAACAAAGCAAUUUACAACCUGGGCAACAUCGGAGAAAAACAGUGACCUUUAUGAUUGCUUUAAGUGCUUUCAUUGUGUGUAAUUAUAUCUUAUCUUGGUGCUACAGAAAGGGCCGCUUUGUGAGGUGUGUUUAUCAUCGCAUCAUAUUCUGUUUACAAACUUAAAAUUGUGCACUGCCUUAAAUUCAUAAAUAAGGGAUAUUUCUGCUUGUCUGUGGAGAGGCUUUUAAAGCCUUUAUUUAUGCUUAUUAUUGUGAACUUUGAACUCUUCUGCUGUUUAUUGUUUUUAAUAAAUCAGGGACACAAUAAACUUGUGCACUGAUAUGAA